AUGAACGAGCAAGAAGAAGACCUUGAACUUGCUCCUAUUGACCCCGAAAUUGAACGCACUUUCAGACAAAGAAGAAAGGAACAAAAGGCUAAAAAACGCUGCAAUAUGGCCGAUGGGUUUGAAAUUGGGGGUGCUCAUAAUGAAGCCAAUCCUAUUGCUUUGGCCGAUGAUAGAGCCCGAGCAAUAAGAGAGUAUGCAGCCCCUAUGUUCAAUGAGCUAAAUCCGGGUAUUGUGAGACCCGAAAUCCAAGCACCUCACUUUGAGCUCAAGCCCGUGAUGUUUCAAAUGCUCCAAACGUUACAAGGAGUAAGUGAAGAGGCUUUAAGAUUGAAGUUGUUCCCAUUUUCCUUGAGGGAUCGGGCUAGAGCAUGGCUUAAUACUCUUCCUCCCGAUUCGGUGACUAAUUGGAAUGAGUUGGCUGAAAAAUUCUUGAGAAAGUACUUUCCUCCAACAAGAAAUGCAAAGUUUCGAAGCGAGAUCAUGUCCUUUCAACAAUUGGAAGAUGAGACUACUAGUGAUGCAUGGGAAAGGUUCAAGGAGUUGUUGAGGAAGUGCCCACACCAUGGUAUUCCCCAUUGUAUCCAACUUGAGACUUUUUAUAAUGGUCUCAAUGCGGCUUCUAGGAUGGUGUUGGACGCUUCGGCUAAUGGAGCCAUUCUUUCCAAGUCUUACAAUGAAGCUUUUGAGAUUUUGGAAAGGAUAGCUAGCAACAACUAUCAAUGGUCAACUAAUAGAGCUCCUACAAGCCGAAAAGUAGCGGGUGUUCUUGAAGUAGAUGCUUUGACCGCUCUAACCGCUCAAAUGGCCUCAAUGACCAACAUUUUGAAGAAUAUGAAUAUGGGAGGAAGUGUACAACCAGCCGCUGCCAUUCAAAGGGCAGAAAUCUCUUGUGUGUAUUGUGGUGAUGGGCAUACUUUUGAAAAUUGCCCCUCAAAUCCAGCUUCGGUGUGUUAUGUGGGUAAUCAAAACUUCAACCGCAACAACAAUCCAUACUCAAACUCCUACAAUCCGGCAUGGAAGCAUCAUCCGAACUUUUCAUGGGGAGGUCAAGGGGCAAGUUCAAGUGGAGUACAAGGACAAGGAAAGCAAUCAUUCCCACCGGGUUUUUCUCAACAACCAAGACCUCAACAACCUCACCAACCUCAAGGCUCUCAAACUAGUUCUUUGGAGAGUUUAAUGAGAGAUUAUAUGGCCAAGAAUGACGCUGUAAUUCAAAGCCAGGCAGCAUCUCUUCGGAAUCUUGAAGUUCAAUUGGGGCAAUUGGCCAAUGAUUUGAAGAAUAGACCACAAGGCACCUUGCCUAGUGACACCGAAAACCCAAGAAGAGAUGGCAAAGAACAUUGCAAAGCGGUAACCUUGAGAAGUGGAAAAAUAAUUGAGUCAAACGUGGCUGCAAAAGGCAAAAAGCCUUUGCAAAAGCCACCUCUACCAUUUCCUCAACGGUUCAAGAAGCAACAAGAUGAUGGUCAAUUCCGGAGAUUUCUUGAUGUUCUAAAGCAGCUCCACAUCAAUAUACCUUUAGUGGAAGCUUUGGAGCAAAUGCCAACUUAUGUGAAGUUUUUGAAGGAUAUUUUGACAAAGAAAAGGAGGCUUGGGGAGUUUGAAACUGUCGCUUUGACGGAGGGCUGUAGUGCCAUGUUGAAAAGUAAAAUCCCACCCAAAUUGAAAGAUCCGGGCAGCUUUACAAUUCCAAUUUCUAUUGGGGGUAGAGAUGUUGGAAGAGCUCUUUGUGACUUGGGAGCUAGUAUUAAUCUCAUGCCGAUGUCUACCUUUAGAAAGUUGGGAAUUGGAGAAGCGAGGCCAACCACCAUCACUUUGCAAUUAGCGGAUCGUUCCAUGGCUCAUCCGGAAGGGAAAAUUGAAGAUGUGUUGGUGCAAGUGGAUAAAUUCAUUUUUCCGGCUGAUUUUAUCAUUCUAGACUAUGAGGCCGAUAGAGAAGUUCCGAUUAUUUUGGGACGGCCAUUUCUUGCUACCGGAAGAACCUUGAUUGAUGUACAAAAUGGGGAACUCACUAUGAGAGUGAAUGAUCAAAAGGUUACUUUUAAUGUGUUCAAUGCUAUGAGAUUCCCGGAUGAGAUUGAAGAAUGUUCACGUUUGAGUGUGAUUGAUUCUAUUGUGGCUGAAAGUUUUCACAAGGAAGUGUGGAAGGAUGAGAAGGUGAUAAGCUCUCUUGAAGAUCUUGAAGCUUUGAGUGAAGAUGAAGAAACCCAAGUUGCUUGGGUUGAGCUGACGCAACCUUUCCCUAAAUUCAAGAGAUCUUUUGAGUCUUUAGAAUUGAAAGAAAGCAAUUUCAAGCCUCCAAAGCCUUCCAUCCAAGAACCACCAAAGUUAGAGCUGAAACCUUUGCCAAGCCACCUCAAAUAUGCUUAUUUGGGGGAGAAUGAAACGCUGCCAAUAAUUAUUUCAGCGUGUUUGGAAGCUGAAGCUGAAGGUUUGUUGCUAGAAGUGCUGAAGAAACAUAAAAGAGCGAUUGGGUGGACUAUGGCAGACAUAAAAGGGAUUAGUCCAGCGAUCUGCACGCACAAAAUAAUCCUAGAAGCUGGCUGUAGUAACUCCAUUGAGCAUCAACGAAGGUUGAAUCCUGUUAUGAAGGAAGUAGUGCGAAAAGAAGUGAUAAAGUGGCUGGAUUAUGGUAUUGUAUACCCGAUUUCAGAUAGUUCAUGGGUUAGUCCUGUCCAAUGUGUGCCAAAGAAAGGAGGAAUCACGGUGGUGGCUAAUGCGAACAAUGAGUUGAUUCCUACUCGAACUGUGACAGGUUGGAGGGUAUGUAUGGACUAUCGGAAGCUCAACAAUGCUACUCGGAAGGAUCAUUUCCCGCUGCCAUUUAUUGACCAAAUGUUGGAUCGUUUGGCGGGAAAAGAGUUUUACUGCUUUCUUGAUGGUUAUUCGGGUUACAAUCAGAUUUCUAUAGCACCAGAAGAUCAAGAGAAAACCACCUUCACUUGUCCAUAUGGUACCUUUGCCUUUAGGAGGAUGCCAUUUGGCUUGUGCAAUGCUCCCGCGACUUUCCAAAGGUGUAUGAUGGCUAUUUUCUCGGAUAUGGCUGAAAGUAUUUUGGAGAUAUUCAUGGAUGAUUUCUCUAUCUACGGGGAAUCGUUUGGGAUUUGUUUGGAGAAUUUGGAGAGAGUGUUAACAAGAUGUGAAGAAACCAACUUGGUGCUUAACUGGGAGAAAUGCCACUUCAUGGUUCAAGAGGGUAUUGUGUUGGGUCACAAAGUGUCUAGAAAGGGGAUAGAAGUUGACAAGGCAAAGCUAGAAGUGAUUGAGAAGUUACCAGCCCCUACCACGGUGAAAGGCAUAAGAAGCUUCCUUGGACACGCGGGUUUCUAUAGGCGCUUCAUUAAAGACUUUUCUAAGGUGUCCAAACCCUUGUGUAGCUUGCUUGAACAAAAUAGGCCAUUUGAGUUUACCGCUGAAUGUAAUGAAGCAUUUUCAAAGUUGAAGACAGCUCUUGUUACGGCCCCCGUGAUUGUAGCACCCGAUUGGUUAUUGCCCUUUGAACUCAUGUGUGACGCAAGUGAUUUUGCCAUUGGGGCUGUUCUUGGACAGCGGAAGAAUAAGACCUUUCACUCCAUUUAUUACGCAAGCAAAACUCUUGUUGAUGCCCAGAUUCACUACACCACUACUGAAAAAGAGUUGCUAGCGGUGGUUUUUGCCUUUGAGAAAUUCAGAUCUUAUCUUGUGGGAACCAAAGUUGUUGUGUAUACUGACCAUUCGGCAAUCAAGUAUUUGAUAGCUAAGAAAGAUUCUAAACCGAGGCUCAUUCGUUGGGUUUUGUUGCUACAAGAGUUUGAUUUGGAAAUUCGAGACAGAAAAGGGACAGAAAACAAAGUGGCGGAUCAUCUCUCUAGGUUGGAAACUAACAAUCACAGCAGCCACUUAGAAGAAGAAAUACAAAUUCAAGACUCAUUCCCAGAUGAGCAACUGCUAGUGGUAGAGCAAACACGGGUACCAUGGUAUGCAGACAUUGUCAAUUACUUAGUUGGAGGUGCCUAUCCACCUGAUUUUACCAAGCAGCAGCUUAAAAAGUUCCUUCAUGAUAGCAAGUUUUAUUUUUGGGAUGAGCCAUACUUGUACAAGCAAUGCCCAGAUCGUAUAAUGCGGAGAUGUGUGCCAAUGAGUGAAGUUAGAAGCAUCUUGGAGCAUUGUCAUUCAGCUCCUUAUGGUGGCCAUUUUGGUGGACAACGCACGGCUGCCAAAGUCUUUCAAUCAGGAUAUUAUUGGCCCUUUAUUUUUAAAGAUGCUCAUGCUUUCGUUCAACAAUGUGAUCGCUGCCAGCGAGUGGGAAAUAUCUCCGCUAGGAAUGAGAUGCCUCUUAAUUGUAUUUUGGAGGUGGAAUUGUUUGAUGUGUGGGGUAUUGACUUUAUGGGGCCUUUCCCACAAUCCUAUGGGAAUCUUUACAUUCUAGUGGCGGUGGAUUACGUAUCAAAGUGGGUAGAGGCAAUUGCUAGUCCGAAGAAUGAUGCUCGAGUGGUCAUGAAAUUCCUUCAUAAACAUGUCUUCACAAGGUUUGGGACCCCUAGAGCUUUGAUAAGUGAUGAGGGAACACACUUUGUGAACAAAGUGUUGGCUGCACUCUUGGCAAAAUAUAGUGUAAAACACAAAGUUGCCACUGCCUAUCACCCACAAACUAAUGGGCAAGCUGAAGUAUCUAAUCGGGAAAUCAAAGGCAUAUUGGAGAAGGUGGUAAAUCCCAACAGAAAAGAUUGGUCCCAACGCCUAGAUGAUGCACUUUGGGCGUACCGGACAGCAUACAAAACACCUUUGGGCAUGUCUCCAUAUCGAUUGGUGUAUGGGAAGGCGUGUCACUUGCCGGUAGAGCUUGAACACAAAGCUUUUUGGGCUAUAAAGAAGCUGAACUUUGAUCUCCAAGCUGCUGGAGAAGCCCGCUUGCUGCAAUUAAAUGAGCUUGAAGAGAUGAGGUUUUUCUCCUAUGAAAAUGCCAAGUUGUACAAGGAGAAAACUAAGAGAUGGCAUGAUAAGAGAAUUCAACACCGAGUAUUUGAAGAAGGGCAGCAAGUGUUGUUAUUCAACUCAAGGCUGAAGUUGUUUCCAGGAAAGUUAAAGUCUCGUUGGUCGGGACCAUUCACCAUUGUCAAGGUGUAUCCUUUUGGAGCUGUGGAUAUCAAGAAUGAUCAGUCCGGAAGAGUAUUUCAAGUGAAUGGGCAGCGACUUAAACACUACAUCGGAGGGGAGGUUGAUCGAGCAAAGACCUCCAUCACAUUGGAAGAGGCUUGAGGAAGAAGGCCUCGGGUUGUCAAGGCUUUAGUUAAUCACAUUUGGGCAACCCGAGUGCGGAGGAACAAGAUUAUAUGUAGUUAUAUAUACACUAUGUAAUAAGUUUGGGGUGUGCCACCCCUU